GAAAGAAGAAAUUAAAAGCAUUUUUUAAAAUACAAAGACUUUUUUAAACAUAAACUCUAAAAAGCCAAGGAAAAAUUCGGCCUUUCUCCAUUGACGGUUUCAAACUCAAGCAUUUCCCCAUUAUAUAUAUAUAUAUAUAUAUAUAUAGAAAAACAAAGCCAUUUUUCCACAAAUUGACUAAAACAUCCGACUCCGACUCCGUCUUCUCCAAUCCUCUCAAAAUCGCCGUCGUAUUCACACAGCACUCCGAUGAGAGAAGAGAAACAGAGUAAAUCAAAUUAGGCGAAAAACAGAGAGAAACAUAAAUCGAAGUAGCUAAAUGCAGGGCGGAAACCACUGGGGAGGGCCACUGGAAGUGAUCGAUGACAACAACGGCGGCGGAGGUAAGGAUCAUGAUCAGAGGAGGGCAGCGGAGGAUUGGGAUAGAGCGGCUCUACGAUCGCAAUCGUUCAAUCAGAACGAGCUUGAUGAGACACAGAGGAGUUGGCUUCUAGGUCCCUCGGAUGGGAAGAAGAAGAAGAAAUACGUUGACCUAGGUUGCGUAAUGGUGUCGAGGAAAGCUUUGAAAUGGAGCUUGAUUUCGAUUUUGAUUGCGUUCUGUGUGAUCGGAUUGCCGAUCAUAGUGGCUAAAACUUGGCCGCGCCACCACCCUCCGCCACUUCCGCCUGAUCGCUACUCCGAAGCUCUUCGUAAAGCUCUCCUCUUCUUCAAUGCUCAGAAAUCUGGGAGAUUAGGAAAAAGCAACAACAUAAGAUGGAGAGGGAACUCAGGGGUAAACGACGGGAAUGAUACAUUGGCAAAAGGAGGGCUUGUUGGGGGGUACUACGAUUCAGGUGAGAAUAGUAAAUACAAUUUUCCGAUGGCAUAUUCAAUGACUAUGCUGAGCUGGAGCUUGAUCGAGUACAGUCACAAGUUUAAGUCUAUUCAUGAGUAUGAGCACGUCAGAGACCUCAUCAAAUGGGGUACUGAUUAUCUGCUCUUGACUUUCAACUCUUCCUCCACCAAAAUUACUCAAAUUUAUUCUCAGGUGGGAGGAUCGCAAAAUGGAUCCCAAAUCCCCGACGAUUCCACCUGCUGGCAGAAGCCGGAGCAAAUGGACUACAAUCGACCUACACAAACCACAUUCCAAGGCCCCGAUCUCGCCGCUGAGAUGUCCGCCGCUCUCUCCGCCGCCUCCAUCGUCUUCCGCGACCACCCUCUCUACUCCGCCAAACUAAUCAAAGGCGCCCAGACGCUCUUCGCCUUCGCUCGCGAUUCCGGCCGCCGCUCCCGCUACAGCCGCGACAAUGCCUUCAUUGCCGCCGCCUACAACUCCACUGGCUACUACGACGAGUACAUGUGGGGAGCCGCGUGGUUGUACUACGCCACGGGAAACGCAUCGUACUUAUAUCUGGCGACGUUGCCGGGAAUACCGAAGAACGCUAGGGCUUUUAAUGUGACGGCGGUUUCGAGUGUUCCGAGCUGGAAUAACAAACUGCCGGGGGCGAUGGUGUUGUUGACGAGAGUGAGGAUGAUGCUGAAUCCAGGGUUUCCGUAUGAGGAGAUGUUGAGUAUGUAUCAAACGGUUACGGGGCUUAACAUGUGUUCUUAUCUGAAGCAAUUUCGUGUCUACAAUUGGACUCGAGGAGGAAUGAUGAUUAUGAACAAAGGACAGCAACAGGGACAGAAUCUCCAAUAUAUAGCAAAUGCUGCAUUUUUGGCAAAUUUGUUUGCUGAUUAUUUGAACUCCACUGGGGUCCCCGGCUUCAACUGUGGCCCUAAUUACAUUCCUUCCACUCUUAUUCGCAACUUUGCCACCUCCCAGAUUGAUUACAUUCUUGGCAAUAACCCUUUGAAAAUGAGCUAUGUUGUUGGCUAUGGCACCAAGUUCCCAAGACGAGUGCAUCACCGAGGUGCAUCCAUUCCUAGCGACAACAAAUACUACUCGUGCAAGGGGGGAUUCAAGUGGCGAGACAACCCCGGUCCCAACCCCCACAACAUCACCGGUGCUAUGGUUGGUGGUCCUGAUCAAUUCGACAAGUUUCAUGACGUACGUACUAAUCCAAACUACACAGAGCCAACUCUAGCUGGUAAUGCUGGCCUUGUUGCUGCUCUUGUUUCCCUCACUACUACUGCUGGCUUUGGCAUUGACAAGAACACCAUCUUUUCUGGGAUCCCGCCACUUGGUCCCAAGACGCCACCGCCUCCGCCUCCAUGGAGGCCGUGAUGAUGAGUUGUUGCUGGUGAAAACUAGGCCAAUUAAAUCAUCCCUUUUCUCUCAAUCUUUCUAUUGUUUUUUCUUCCGGGGCCUAAUUUUCUUUCUUUGUAGCUAUUAAAUGAAACUUGAGUUCUUUUAUAUAUAUAUAUAUAUAUAUAUAUAUAUAUAUAUUUAUAUACGUUCAUU